UUGACGUGAUAUCAAUCGGCAUAAAAACAAGUCAAAGUCAACAUUCAGUUCCCACUUUUCUUUUCCAUCGAUUUAUUUUGAAUAAAGCCAGUUUGAAAAUUACGUGCAACUUAAAAACAUCACGAAAACAAUAUAGAAUAAUUUUAAGAGUAUGAAAGUCAUUGACAUAGGCGAUGCGGACAUGAAUUGGGAUAAUAUAAAAACGAUUACGGAAUUCGAUGGUGAUUUGAGCUUACAUGAUGCACCAACAAUAUCUGUACGCAGUCAAGAUGGCAGUGGCGAUGGCACACCAUCAUCACCGCGCUACACGGAUCAAAAAAAUAUAAGCGAGUUAACAGCUGGCAAACCCACAACAUCAACUAGUCUCCUCAUCGAGAGCCUCGUUCACUUGCUUUGCGUUUGCCUCGAAAAUGAUCCACAGGUAUCCAAUCAGUCAUACCAUGCAAUAUGCGAGCAAUUGGCUAAGAUAAACCUCAUCGAUGACUCGUAUUCAAUGAAAGAGUUCGAAGAAAUGCGCAGUGAAUAUCAAAUGCAAAUCUAUAAAAUAAUUCGCGCUGUCGGCGGACAUGAAAUUCCCACUUCUUUGCCAACCAUGAUAGCGGGCAAUUCUUAUCCAAUUGAAACAUGUUGGUCGCGGUAUCAUCGAGAAUUUGAUGAGGUGGAAUUCAUUGCAGGAGGUGGAUUCGGAAAGGUUUUCAAAGCUCGACACAAACUCGACUGUAUUGAAUACGCCAUUAAGCAAAUAAAAAUUCAUUCAACCACUAUCAAGCUUUGCCAUUUGGCCGAAGUGAAAACCAUCGCUAGCCUAAAUCAUCCCAACGUAGUUCAGUAUAAAGCUGCUUGGUUAGAACCAUAUGUCAUUGAUAAGAAUCGUUUUAACAUGAUCGAAUCUGAGGGCCAUGAUUUUAGUGAAUUUGACACAAAUAAUUCGACAUCCACAAGAACGAAUUCCUCCAAUAGUGACUCGAGCUACUCGAGUUUACGGCGUCCAACAAUCCAUCGAUCAACAAUAGACGACUCAUCAAGUUUUAUCCAGUUUGAACACUCGCAUGAGCUUACCGUUGAACAUUCGCAUGAACUUACGAAUGAUAAUGAUUUUACAACAAGUUCAUGCCACCAAGUAAUGUGUAAAUAUGAAAGCAAUUCAAUAGAAGAGACCACAAGGAAAAAGCAGAAAUUGGCAAUUCUUUACAUACAAAUGUCUUUGUGCCAAAUAACGCUUCGACAAUGGUUGGAUGAUCGAAAUGCUCGUGAUUCCAUGGAAGAGUACUACUGUGAAUUCUUUAAAAAACGUACCGACAUCUGCCAUUUAGAUAUUGUUUACGACUUGUUCUACCAACUACUAUCAGGAUUGAAUUAUAUACACUCCAGAAAUAUCAUUCAUCACGACAUAAAACCAAGCAACAUAUUUCUUGAGAUGGAGAGUGAUGGGCGGUUGAUAGCUCAGCUUGGAGAUUUUGGCCUGGCCUGUCCGCUUCAAAAUGGACAUCAGGGAAUGGUACUGGGCACACCACUAUAUGCAGCACCAGAACAGCUAGAAGGAGAAUGUAACCCGAAGAGCGAUAUCUACAGUUUAGGAGUGGUACUUAUAGAACUUUUAAUAAAAUUUGGCACGGAUAUGGAGCGUGUGCGGACAAUUGAAAAUGCGCGCAAAGGUAUUUUGCCUACCAUUUUGAACAAGAGAUCAUCAAAACUAAUACAAAGUCUACUGAGUCAUGAGCGGAUUCGUCCUACAACAAAAGACCUUAUGGAAGUUUUCCGCAAAAUUAAUCUGGAACAAAAUGUGCGUGCAUUCCGAGCAUCUGAAAGUAAUCGGCCUACAAGGAACGAUAAAAAGGUUACGGAACUUUACAAUGAAAUUAAUGUACUUCGUGAAAAUACAGAAACCAUUAGUAGUAAAAUGCAUGACUUGCAGAGGCAGGUGGAUGAGCAAAACAAGGAAAUUCUCGAAUUGAAAACCUCUGUUGCGGAAAAAGACAAUGAAAUUGCAUUGCUACGGACACAAUUGUUGCAAUAUCAAAUGGUAAACCUAAAAUGUUGAGACUGUUCAUGCAAAUUUAGACAUCAUUUUCAUUAGUUUUCUUUUUCGGGUCAUUCGAAUUUCACCACCAUUUACGCAAUUCUUUUUAAGUUUUAUUUAUAAACACACAAUGCACCGCAGUGAACAACAUUUCAGUUUCUUUUAUGGACUAAAAUUUCAUUAUUUCUAAGUAAAUUUCGGUUGAGAAAAAGUGAAAA